CUAUAUCUGCUCUCCACGGACCCCGCAUUCGCUACAUCUGCUCUCCACGGACCCCGCAUUCGCUACAUCCGCUCUCCACGGACCCCGCAUUCGCUACAUCCGCUCUCCACGGACCCCGCAUUCGCUACAUCUGCUCUCCCCGGACCCCGCAUUCGCUACAUCCGCUCUCCCCGGACCCCGCAUUCGCUACAUCCGCUCUCCCCGGACCCCGCAUUCGCUACAUCCGCUCUCCCCGGACCCCGCAUUCGCUACAUCCGCUCUCCCCGGACCCCGCAUUCGCUACAUCCGCUCUCCCCCCGGACCCCGCAUUCGCUACAUCCGCUCUCCCCGGACCCCGCAUUCGCUACAUCCUAUAUCCGCUCUCCCCGGACCCCGCAUUCGCUACAUCCGCUCUCCCCGGACCCCGCAUUCGCUACAUCCGCUCUCCCCGGACCCCGCAUUCGCUACAUCCGCUCUCCCCGGACCCCGCAUUCGCUACAUCCGCUCUCCCCGGACCCCCGCAUUCCCUAUAUCCGCUCUCCCCGGACCCCGCAUUCAUUAUAUCCGCUCUCCCCGGACCCCGCAUUCAUUAUAUCCGCUCUCCCCGGACCCCGCAUUCAUUAUAUCCGCUCUCCCCGGACCCCGCAUUCACUAUAUCCGCUCUCACAUAGUAUACAGAACAUGGAA